UGACCUUAGUUUUUAAAGUGAAUAAAAUAUACUGCAAGAUUUGAAGAUUCUCAACACAGAGCUCCGAGUAAAAAUUAAAUAAACGGUAUUAUAUAAUGUAAAAGGGAAACUCAUAAUCGUCAUAAUAUUAGCCAACAUUGCUAAACAAUUGCGGCGAAAAAUCUCGCAUCUUAGUUUUUAGAUUGAGGUUAUAGCUUACAGAUUGUAUUUAUCCAGAACUGAGCGAAUUCCUAGAGACCAGCUAUGAAACUACUGAAGCAAAUAAUGUGUGUGCCCAAAAUGACUUGGCUACAAGCGUUUAAACGAACUUAUUCCAGUAGAAAUAUUCUAAAACUCAGUGAAAGAGGGAUGUAUCAAGAUAUGUUUCCUAACACUGCUGGAUCUGAAAUCCGGGACUUAUUAAACAAAGCUCCACAAUGUGUAUACGCUGGGUUUGACCCCACAGCUGAUAGUCUUCAUGUUGGGAACUUGCUAGUCAUCAUAAAUCUCCUGCACUGGCAAAGAGGAGGCCACAAUGUUGUUGCUUUGGUAGGAGGAGCCACAGGGUACAUUGGAGAUCCCAGUGGUCGAAGCACAGACAGAAUAGCCAUGCAAAGUGAUAUCAUACAAGAAAAUGUUAAAUGUAUCCAAAACAACCUCGAGACUGUAUUUGAAAACCACAAGAAAUAUAUCUGGACACAAGACGCAAGUAAACUUAAACCUAUCAAGGUUGUCAACAAUGAAACCUGGUACAGAAAUAUAAACUCCAUACAAUUUGUGAGUGAGAUUGGAAGGAACUUUCGCAUGGGCACCAUGCUUUUAAAACAGAGUGUGCAAAGUAGAAUCAACUCAGAAAUCGGAAUGAGUUUUACCGAGUUUGCAUACCAGAUAUUCCAAUCAUAUGACUGGCAGCAUUUAUUGAAAGAAUAUAAUUGUAGAUUUCAGAUAGGCGGCAGUGACCAAAUGGGCAACAUAAGUGCGGGACAUGAAUUGAUAAGCAGGACUGCAAAGACAAAUGUCUAUGGUCUAACAUUGCCUCUAGUCACGACUGAAGAAGGUGACAAAUUCGGAAAGUCAGCUGGAAACGCUAUUUGGCUAGACCCAAAGAAAACAAGCCCAUAUAGCUUAUACCAGUUCUUUAUAAGAACAAAAGAUUCAGAAGUAGAGAAACUACUGAAAUUAUUCACUUUCUAUAGCUUAGGAGAAAUAAAGGAUAUCAUGUUCAAACAUAAGGAGCAUCCAGAGCAAAGAUAUCCACAGACCUGUUUGGCUGACCAACUCACUACUUUAGUACAUGGAAAGGAAGGAUUAGAGCGCGCAAUGAAAGCAACUGAUGCUAUUUACUCGAAAGACGUGAAGUCUCUGGUGGCGCUCAGUAGUACGGAGUUAGAGCAAGUGUUCGAAAAUGCUACGGUAACCAACCUGUUGUUGUCGCCCGGUAUCACUGUGCUGGAACUAGGCAUGAAGGCCAAGUGCUUCCCCACUGAGAGAGAUGCAAUGCGGAUAAUACAGGCCGGAGGAUUCUACAUCAACCACCAAAAAAUACAGAAGAUUGACGAAGUGAUCACGCAAUCGGCGCACAUACUGCCCAACUUAUUGUCUCUGCUUAGGGUGGGCAAGCGCAACUACUAUAUUGUUAAAUGGCAAACGUAAAAUAAAAUAUUGAUUAUUUAGGAGUUCAAA